AUGAAUCAAUAUUGGAAGGAGAUGAGUGGAGAGAAGAACUGGAAGGGCAUGUUAGAGCCGUUGGACGAAGAUCUCAGAAGUUACAUAAUCCACUACGGAGAAAUGGCACAAGCAACUUACGAUUCCUACGAUUCUGAUGACAAUUCACGAACCGGAGGAAACUGUAAGUACGCCGUGGAUGAGCUCUUUUCUCGGGUGGGUCUUCACAAAGGUCGGGCCAAGAAGAAGUACACAGUAACCAAAUACAUCUAUGCCUCCGCAUGUUCUUGGCCAUUCGAAAAGGACACGAACUGGAUGGGUUAUGUUGCAGUUUCAACAGAUGAAGGAAAAUCCGACCAUGGAAGAAGGGAUAUUGUUGUUUCUUGGAGAGGAUCAAAUGAUGCCUUGGAAUGGAUGGAUGACCUAGAAUUCUGGCUCAAACCCGCACCAUUAAUAUUCGAAGAAGAACUUGAGGUUCAUUCCGGGUUUUACUCCAUAUAUACACUGUGUAAUUACAAAUCCAACUUCUGCAAGAAGUGUGCAAGGGAACAGGUUCUAGACGAGGUCAAAAGACUAAUGAACAAGUACGAGAAUGAAGAAAUAAGUUUGACCAUUACCGGCCACAGUCUAGGAGCAGCGUUAACAACUUUAAGCGCAGUCGAUAUUGCCAAAAACAUCUCCAACCGACCAAACACGCUCGUAACCGCCUUUGCUUUCGCAAGUCCCCGUGUUGGAGACUCAUCAUUUAGCCGCCGCCCUCCCAAACCUAAGAAUCCUAAGAAUUGA